AUGCACACAAUUCUGGAGAAAAAUGGAUUAGCAGUCUUUGAUGUGACCACAGGAGAAAUUAUUCACAGAGUCAACAAGUUUGGCGAUCACUUUGUCGCCAUACGUGAUCGGAACAGGAGACGUUUGAAACGGAGAGUGAAGGAUAACCAAAAGCAUAACGACAUGCAAGAAGAACGUGAUCACGCCCAAACACAAAUGAUAGUUGUGGGGAAAAGCGUACGGUUGUCCGACUUUAACAAAAAAGGUCUCAUCGGAAAGGGAACAUAUGGAAUCAUUUGCCAAUAUGAAUCCAAGCGAAGUGGGCGGAAGUACGCUAUAAAGCACGCCGCCGACUCGUACUUCCUCAACAGUUCCUACAAAAUCCGAUUUUUCUUCGAGGAAGGUGCCGUUGACAAGAAUGGAGAGCUUACGGUCCCAAAAGACAAGACACUCAAUAAAAUAGUACACGGUCUCCAUUUCCUUAACCCAACUUUCAACACCAAGAUUCGAAAAGUCUUCAAGGAAAUCGGAUACCAGGAGCCUGAAGUUGUGCGAAGUAUGUAUAUUUUCAAGCAGCCGAAGAUCGGAGGAGCAGUCACUGACCACGUGGAUUCUACAUUCCUUCGAGUGGACCCAAUUGAUCAUUUGACUGGAGUGUGGAUUGCUAUAGACGAGGCGAGUGUGGAAAAUGGAUGUCUUUCGUUCAUUCCGGGAAGUUAUAAAGACACAUCCACCUGUGACUACCGAUUCGUUCGAACCCAUGACACCAUCGGGGGCCCACUCCUCAAAUUCAUUGGCACCCGUAAAACCUACGAUCAAUUCAAAUUCCAACAUGUUCCAAUUUCCAAGGGAUCCUUGAUUCUGAUCCAUGGAUUGGUUGUUCAUAAGAGUGAAGCCAACACUUCGGAUAAGUCACGUCAUGCCUAUACGGUACACGUUAUGGAGAGGAAGAGUACAAAGUGGAGUGAGGAUAAUUGGCUUCAGGAAGCUUGA